UGUCCUCUCCUCUGCAAAGUCCUCUCUUUGUUCUGCAAAACUAAAUAUUCCUUUCCAAAACCAAUCCCCAAUCUCUGCCUCUAUCCAACUAUAUGUACAUGAAUUACCCCUGUGAGACUCUCAAAGCGGAAAUCUUGAGAAAACCCAUUUCCCAUCUUUCUUGUUUCCUACAGAAAAUUCUCUCAUUUUGUUGAUGGAUUCUGUGUAUACCCAGAUGAUUAUGUAAAACAAUGAAAUGAAUCUUGGGGGAGAAUUGUAUGGACGGAGAGGAAGAGUUGAGGAAGAUUUAAUUCAUUUGGGUUUUUGUGUUUUUGCAAUUCUGUUUCUUGUUUAAGAGCAAUCUUCAGAGGGAGGAGGGAAAGGAUCAAUCUUUAAUAAGAUUAACGAAACCCAGAAAUUAUUAAGAAAAGGGAAAGGGAUAAAUUUUUGUUAUUUAGAGUUUUUAAGGGAGUGGGGAUGAGGUUGAAAGGUGAGAUUUCUCAUUGGAGAGAAGAAGAGGAAGAGGAAGAGGAAGAGGAAAAGAGAGAGAGUGAGGUCAAUAUCCUGGCCUUUCCACAGCAGCAAAAGGUGGUUGUUGGCUACGCCUUGACAUUGAAGAAGAAGAGGAGUUUCCUGCAACCCAAGUUUGAGCGCUUGGCUCGCAAUAAGGGGAUCUUAUUGGUUGCCAUUGAUCUAAACAGGCCACUAUCAGACCAAGGACCUUUUGAUAUUAUUUUGCACAAGUUGCUGGGGAAAGAAUGGUGUGAGAUUAUUGAGGAUUAUGGGAAAAAUCAUCCAGAAGUAACUGUUCUCGAUCCUCCAGAUGCAAUACGACAUCUGCAUAAUCGCCAGUCUAUGCUUAAGGACGUUGCAGAUUUGGACUUGUCUGACUGUCAUGGCAGGGUUGGCGUUCCAAGGCAACUGUUUGUCAUGAAAGAUCCAUUAUCCAUUCCUGAUGAAGUUACUAAAGCUGGACUAUGUUUGCCACUAGUCGCAAAACCACUAGUAGUGGAUGGUAGCGCGAAGUCACAUCAGCUGUUUCUUGCAUAUGAUCAGUUAUCCCUGUCAAAGCUUGAGCCUCCAUUGGUUUUGCAGGAGUUUGUUAAUCAUGGUGGUGUUCUCUUUAAAAUCUAUAUCAUUGGGGAUGCUAUUAAGGUGGUAAGGCGUUUCUCUCUGCCCAAUGUCAGUAAAUGUAAUCUGGCAAAAGAUGCUGGUGUAUUCCGCUUUCCAAGGGUUUCAUCUUCUGCAUCUUCUGCUGAUGAUGCAGAUUUGGAUCCUGGUAUUGCUGAGUUACCUCCACGACCAUUGCUGGAGAAGCUCGCAAGGGAGCUCCGUCGUCGAAUGGGUCUCCGCUUGUUCAACAUAGACAUGAUACGAGAGUAUGGGAGUAGAGAUGUGUUUUAUGUCAUUGACAUUAACUACUUUCCUGGGUAUGGGAAGAUGCCAGAUUACGAGCACAUAUUUACAGAUUUUCUACUGGGCUUCGAGCAGAACAAGUUUAAGAAGAGAUCUGCCACACAACUGGUUGAAGUAAAUAUCCAUUGUACAUGAUGUUUUUGCCGGUGUAGAUCUCCUUGAGAGAUAGAAGUAACCAUCAAAUUAGUAAUAAUUGUGUAAUUACUGACUGGUAUGAAAUGUUCUUUUGCUUGAGCUGCCCCCUAACUAACAUUUGUAUUCGAUCAAUACUUAUGAUAUCUGGUGCUGUUUCUAGGAAAAUUUUGAGCAAAUCGUCACACUUAUUAGCUUUCAUGCGAGUCGGACUCAUCACUGGCCAUCCAGUCAGCACUGAUUCUAUCUUCUCUUGAAUGAUUCAAAUAAUGCUGGCAGAGCCAAUGGUUCAAGAAUUAACCCAUGAGAUCUUGGAUUAUUAUUAUUAUUAUUGGCUCUUUUCUUAUACUGAUUUAUGUUCCAAGGAUUGUCAGCUUCUAGCGUUGCUUUGUUUUGGAAUUUAGGGGGUUAAUUGUUGAUCAUUACAUCAAAAUGGAUGAGAUUUGAAUCCUUGAUCUUCGAACAGGACAGGAUUUUAU